CUUCCAUUUAUUUAGAAUGGUGGGAUUAUGAAAAAUUUGAUUUAUGGGAUUUAUUAAAAAAAAAAGAUGUAUAUUGUAGAGCGAAGUAGUUGAAUUUUGUUACAGCUUGGAUCAUGGUUCUUCAUUUGACUUCGUGAAGCACAACUUCUAUCGCAGAUCUGUUGUGUUGUCUGUCAGAACAGAAAUUGCAAACAUAUAGCUAAAAGUAACGAAUGGCUACUCUUUUUCCUCUUCCCCUUCUACUGAUUUCAUUUUUGUUUAUCGUAUCCCGAUCCUCAAGCUCCGCCAUCGUCAAUCCGUCUAAAGUCAAACAAGUUUCAUGGAAACCCAGGGCUUUCGUGUACGAGGGUUUUCUUACAGAAGAAGAAUGCGAUCACAUGGUUUCCCUUGCCAAAACUGAGUUGAAGAGAUCUGCAGUUGCAGAUAAUGUUUCUGGUAAGAGUAAGCUUAGUGACGUUCGAACAAGUUCUGGAAUGUUUAUCCACAAAAACAAGGAUCCAAUUGUUGCUGGCAUAGAAGAUAAAAUUGCAACUUGGACCUUCCUACCAAAAGAAAAUGGAGAGGAUAUGCAAGUGUUAAGAUAUGAGCAUGGCCAAAAGUAUGACCCACAUUUCGAUUACUUCACUGACCCUGUAAAUGUUGCACACGGUGGACACCGUAUAGCAACCGUACUCAUGUAUCUUAGUGAUGUUGAAGAAGGCGGUGAAACGGUUUUCCCAUCUGCAGAGGAGGCUUCUCGUCACAAAACAACAAAACCAAAUGACAAUUUAUCCGAAUGUGCAAAGAAAGGAAUCGCAGUAAAACCCAAAAAAGGAGACGCGCUGCUGUUCUUCAGCCUCUACCCGACAGCCAUCCCGGAUGCCACCAGCUUCCAUGGCGGCUGCCCGGUGCUCAAAGGGGAAAAAUGGUCAGCCACGAAAUGGAUCCAUGUUGACUCAUUUGACAAGAUUAUUGAUACUGGUGGAAAUUGUAAAGAUGCGAAUGAAAACUGUGAGAGAUGGGCUGCAUUGGGAGAGUGCACUAAGAACAAAGAGUAUAUGGUUGGAACUCCUGAACUUCCUGGUUAUUGCCGAAGAAGCUGCAAGCUUUGUUAACUUUUUUUUUUUUCCCACUGUAUCUUGUAAUUUUUGCUCUUAAAUUUCUGAUAUAUAUACCU